CUCAUGAGAGACCAUGGUGAUGAACUGGCUGGAUGUGUUCCUAGUGGCCCUUUCCCUAGUGGCUCUCAGAAAAGCCCAGACGAAGCCUACUGGGCCUCUUGCCUUCCGAAACAGCAGUGAAAGCAACACAACUGCAGAGCCGACUGCGGAACCCUGGAGGCUGCGUUUGAUGGACGGAGGAAGCAGCUGUUCUGGCAGAGUGGAGCUUGAAUAUAAUGGUGCUUGGGGUACUGUGUGCGAUGACAACUGGGACCUGGCUGAUGCUGAAGUUGUGUGUCAGCAGCUAGGCUGCGGCUGGGCCAUUCAGGCUGUGAAUGCCUCUCAUUUCCAGAAGGGAACUGGCCCCAUUCAUUUGGAUGAAGUGAAAUGUCUGGGGAAUGAGUCUUAUUUAUGGAACUGCCCUUCGGAGGAGAACCAAGACUGUGGACACAAGGAAGAUGCUGGUGUGAUAUGCUCAGAGCACCAAGAGUGGCGGCUAUCAGGAGGACUAGAUGCUUGUGCUGGCCGAGUAGAGGUCUAUUACCAUGGCAUCUGGAACACUGUAUGUGAUGGGAGCUGGUACCGGAAUGAGGCUGAUGUGCUCUGCCGUUCCUUGGGCUGCAGUGAAAAGGCUUCAGUCUCACGGGUGGCCUUCAACCACACACUGCUGGGCAAGAUGUCCUAUCAGUGCCUUGGAAGUGAAGACUCACUCGCCGGUUGUGACUGGCUCUACAACAAAGUCAGUCCAUGUGAACAGUUCAGAGCUGCUGGUGUGAUAUGUAAUGGAUCACUGGGUUUGGGUGGCUCUGCAAACACCCCAGGACCAGAAGCAGUGACUCUGACAUCCCACUUGUCCAGCCCAAGUUGGAGUAGCCCUGAGAACUGGGAACCGACUCCAUCCUACCAGAUGCUGCAGAUUCUCUGCAUUCUCCUCGGGAUCCUCCUUUUCUUGGUCACCCUGACCCUGAUUAUCACCUUGAAAUGGCGACGGAAAAAUGGUACCCUUGAUUGUGCCGUUUCCUCUGGCUUGGCAUCAGCCCCUGCCCUGGUGAAUCACAGUGUGCAGAUCACAGCCACCGAAGCUCGUCAUGACUACAGGGACAUCCCCACAAGCCUCCCCAAAGAAGAAGUGAGACCUGUGCCUGUCAGUGACGACUCUGAUUCGGAUUAUGAGCACUAUGAUUUCAACCACAAGCCACCAGUGGCCCUCUCAACCUUCUACAAUUCUCUUCGCCACCGAGCAGCUGAUGAGGACUUUAUCAUGCCAGCUUUGCCUGCAGAGCAUGAGACUGGGCAUUCAGCCUUUGAGAGAGAUCCAUGUGGGGCACAACCUGCGGCUGAAGACAGUGAUAGCACAUCUUCUGGAGAUGCGGAAUGGUAUGAGAACAUCCAGAAACCAGAGCAGCAGAAAGACCAUCCAGGAAAUGAGACUUCCUUUGAAGGCAUGACAACGUUUUCUGGACCUUUGGUGAACUGUGAGGUUGGACCUGAGACUGGCUCAUUUGACAGCAGCGAUUACGAUGACACGUGGUCCUGAGGGGCAGGCUUGCUUCACAGAUGCCGCAACUCCAUCUGUCUCUUCACUACCUCCUUCUUUAGAAACAGCCAAGGAUGACAAGCCUGAGAACCGGCAGAGGCUGGUUUCCAUAGGGUUUCAGCCGCGAGGAUUUGGCAUUUGGAAAGAAGACCCAUGGAUCCCAGAAUUAAACCAUGCCUGCAAAGAAAUGUCAGUGCCUAUCCCAGGAUUAACUAGAAAUGUGUCACAUUCACACAGAUACAUUUUUCUAACAUAUGCUAUUGAGGGAGAAGCCCUAUAAGGACAAAUGCUGAGCUUGGAUUAGAUUCCCCUUCCCUGAUUUUGUUUUUCCAGUCAGUGAUGUAUUAUCAUAAAGUACUUGAGACAGACAUUUCCAAAGCUUUAGCCAUCACCUGGAUUCUAAUUUCAACAUACAGGCAGCUCAGACAGAAGCGUCCAGAAAUAGGUACAGCCCUAUCACCAUGAACUAUGUUGCAUCACCAACACAGACGUCCCCCUGUGGUACUGGCAAGGAGGCCAAGUUCCCAUUCGUGGAAUCAGAGCUCUGCUAGUAGGAUCUGGGCAUCCUGUUUCUUCUCUGGAGGCAGUGCUUACUACAUUGCCAGUGAAUACUCAAGUUUUCUGGUUAGGGCUUGGGCUCAUUCACUGAUGGAUUAGAUGUCAAGGUUUUCCGCUGGAAGAAAUCUAGAUUUUGGCCUUGAAAGGAUUGGCCUUUCUUAGGGCAAUGCUCAGGGAGGUAUCUUCUGUGUGUGCACGUUUUGUUUUAAUGCCAUAAUGCAUCAAGUUCUGGAAUUCAGUAACCAGACAGAUGUGAGACUUGAAGUAAAAUGAAGAAGGUUGUGAGUAAGGAAGGUUGACAGUGGUUCCAGAUGACAAUUGUAUUGCACAAACACCCUGCCUUAGGCAUGGAAUUUUGCAGGAAUCCAAGCUUUGCCUUCUAUCUGUAAUCUUGACAUGCUUCCCUACCAGAUCUUCCAUCUCUCCACAGAGAAAUAGGAAAUAGGUGCACAGUGUCCUUUGAACAGAGCACUAGGAACUCUCCUCCAUCUAGAAACAUCCAAAGGCUCUGCCUGACCGUCCCAUUGUCUCAUUGUCUGGGGACAAUUAAGUCCCUUUCUGUACUCAAGUUUCUCCCUAGGAUGAGGAAUGGGUGGUGAUGGUACCACCCAUUCCAUGGUGAUAUUAGCUUUCUUCUCUAGGACUUCCAGAGGCCUUUGAGCUCCUGGGAUGGAAGAUGAUCUGGAUAAGCAAGGGCUAAGGGGCUUCAGGAGACAGACCUAGUCUUCUUCCUGGUCAGAUUUCAAGCCAGGCAACAAAAACAGGACCGACUGUUGUUGGCUAAAUCUGAGGAAGUCCAGUGGAAGAGCUCAAGCUCUGCACUCAGUAGGGCAUGGAUGCAGGCCUUGGUAUCUUCAGCUAAAAGUAUCACAGGUAACAAGGAUGGCAAAGAAGUUCCCAUGCAUGCUAACCUGGAGAGCUUCCUUCGUUUGGAGUAGCUGAUAUGGCUUAACUACUCCAACAACUAGGCUAGAUGGAUCAGUGAUCAGAUUAAAUAUCAGGCAGCUCUUCAUAUGGUCCCAUCUAGACUUUUCCGGUCUGGCGCUUGUUAAAUAUUUUGUUUUUCAUCUCCCAGAAGCCCCAGCCAGCAGGGCCAAUCAUGAGGUAUGAUGGGAGUUGCAUUUCAAACAAGCUGAUGGGCACCAGGCUGCGGGAUUUUGGGCUCACCUAAGAAAACAGUUCUGACAAUAACUUUGUAAAACCACUGUAACUGAGUGUGUAAAGAGUUUGGUCCAGCAUUGCACUCACCCUCACCUUACCCCAUUUCCCACCCACCAGUGGUAGAGAGAACUCCAUGUGUCUAGGAGUACAAAUGUGAGGCCCUGCAAAACCUGAGAUGCUGCGCAGUGGCUGGAGAAGGAUGCAGCCAGCGUUAGCAGAGGUGACCCCUGAGGAGCCCUUAGCAGGACCAUCUUCUGCCUUAGCUGACCCAUAUUCUUUUGAAUUGCAUUCCUGUUACUCAACCCACCAUGGCAACUUUAGCCAUUGCACUUUUGUAAUGAUGUACAAUUAAUUAAAAAGAAAGGCUAUCUUGGGA